AUGGAGGAAUGCUUCCGUGAUCUGGCUCCCUGUGCGCUCUGCUCGAGCCUUUGGAUCCUCCUAGCCGUCAGCUUUCCCACUUCAAUCUACGCGAUUCGAAACUCAUUCAAGGAAGGAUAUUGGUAUUAUGGAGAAUCCUGUUUUCAGGGGCGCUACUUAUUAUCAGAUGACAAUGGAUACGCAUGUACUGCCCUUUCUGUUGAUUCAUGGACUCGAUGCUGUCCAGCUAAAGGGGACCAAUUUUCUUGUCGGGGCUGCAGCCUUGUUUCACAGUGUUGCAAUUCAUAUGUAUCAUGCUGCUUAGAUCCAUCCAGGACCAAAAAAGAUCUUGCUCUGAGGGUGAAAAUUGCUGGACCAAUCUCAGCAAGAACUUAUUCUAGUGUUUUUGAAUUCUGUGUUGGAAGAAGAUGUCGUCAUAACUCUGCAAGUGUGGUAAUGCUGUCACGCCAACCUUUCUUCUUUUUUAUCAUCUCUACUAAUUUCAUUGGUGACUAUGGCAUUCUCUGACAAUGAAACUUAUAAAAGUAGAAUUUAGAAAUGGUUAUUGUCAUAUAACACGUUCAUUUAAAUAAGAUCUUGUGCCUUGACAAAUUCAUUUUUGUCCAAAUAAAAAAUAGAAGGGAAAACAUUUAUCUUGGGUAUAAACAUUAUGUUCUUCUAAUUGCAACUCUUGUUUAGCAUGACUGGGGCUACCUAUGUCGGUUUUCCAUUGGAAAGUUAUGUUAUCAUAUCAAAUAUCUGCUAUAGUAUCUACUCAUGCUGGCUCAGUGCCUAGCACAGGCAUGAUAUGAAGCAGAUUUACAGAUUGCAUAGAACAGUUCUUAUGCAUUAACGCAUACGAACAACCUGGUGGCUAGUACCAUGUCACACAAGAAAACCAUUACUCAGUGAUGAAGGCUAAUUAAUACUCUUGACUUUGUUUAAUAAUAUUUAUUCGGUGAGGUUUCUGAUUAGGUUCAAGAGAAAGCCUAUGCAAGUGAUUUCCACAAUUGUUUUUCACUACAAUCAAAUUUUUCAGGUACUGCUAAACUUUUACCGUAAUAAACAUCUGUUAAUUACAUCAUAUUGCAACAAAGAGCAUUUUGCUUUGAGGAUAUCAUUGCUUUCACAUAUUGAUUUAUGAGCUAUCUUUAAAUUUCGGAAUACAAGCCAAAUUUUGAAGCAAGAUUAUCUGGUAUUGACAUUGUUGUCGGAAGGUAGUUGUACUUGGUUUUUGUGUAUGCUUGGUAUUUAGUUAUGACACUUGUUAUGCAUAAAUCUUAUUUGGAAAUAGUCUUGGAGAAUCUUGUAAUGCAGUUUGCAGCUGGAGAGGAAAAUCAUGUAUUCCAAACAGACUUUUGCUGCUAAAUAGAUGUGAUUUGUAAGUAUUUUCUUUUAAUAAACUUGAUUAUAUCGUUGUACAUCUUCUAUUCUUAUUUCUGUGUCGAUUGUAUUAAUGAUGUCAAAAGCUACUGAAUCUUGUAGGAGAAUAGGAGUCGAUAAAAAAACAAUGUAGGCAUAUUUUGAUUACGAGGAAUCAAGUAUAAUUUCUAUUGAUGAACUGCACAUGUGGCAGUUGCAUAUAUGUGGUGGUACAUUCUUCCAUGCUCAUAGGUGUCUUUACCAAUACCACCAAUUUGUGAAUGUUUUCAGGCCUUCUCCACCAUCAGAUUGAAAAUGAUCCAUCAGGUAGAUUAGAUGCAGAGAAAUUCACUUAUCAAAAAAGUUCAUGGUCUCUAGAUGCAUUUGAUAACUACAUUUUAGAUCUCUUGGCGUUCUUGGUACUUUCUAUUCAUCAUGUAUGAACAUUCUGUAGGAUCGCUUUUUCACAUUUUCGUAAAACAGUCGAGAGUACGCAGCGAAAAUAAGAAACACAAAAUUAAUGUUAACACAAUUUCUUUUACUUGGUUCGGAGCUUUUGAUGACUCCUACUCCAAGGUCUACACUGUUGAGUGUUUACUUUGGGCAAUUCACUAAAAUUUUGAGCGUUUACACAAUUAGUUUGAAAUAAAAGUACAAGUAAACUAAAAUUAAUUAUACCGAUGAUUUUGAAAUGGAAGCUCGUGCGUAGUUGCCGUCGCGGCAACGUUUAGGCAUUGUGGAGAGCUUUUCGGAGCAGCGCGCAAGAAUAGAAGAUGUAGAGAGUUGUUGUCACUUGUAUUGAAGUUCUGUAGAGAGGGUUGUUCGAAUAGGACUUUUAUGGAGCAUUGAAGGUGCCUACGGCCUUUUCCGAGGCGCCUCUAGAUAUAAAUCUGAUCCCUUACCCUCUGUUUAGAUGAGGUGGACGAAGGUUCAUU